GAAGCGCCAUUUUUGAGCAAGUUGUUGCGUUGAUUGUUGCAUUGAGCCACAGUGUUUCACACCUGUUUCAUGCUGCUUAAUAAAGGUCUACGUUCUGUGCUCCGUUCUACAUCUAAGUAACCAUGUUGUUGUACUACUGCAGACAUUUUCAUGUUGAACGUCGACGCCCAAUGUGAAACAGUAAGCAAAAAAGCAAGCGUAGUUUCAGUUUCUCCCUCUGCAACUCAUCAGAGACGUAAGCCUGCGUCCCAAUUUUUCAUUUGGGUUGUCACACGGCAGACAAACAGAAAUGACGAGCCAAAUUCAAGAAGCACUCUGCAGGCUCCACAAGACAGUGAACACUGAAGAAGUUGUGGCGCUUGUUGAAGACAUCCGACGGACGUGUCAGGAACAUCACCUAUUCUCGGAGACUGACAUCGGUUACGUGACAUCUCUGCUUACUAGCGGCAGCCAAAGUCUGGUGUCGUUCCUACAAGGCUUUAUAGGCAGAGACAAGCUGAACGACGCAAAAUGUAAAAGCUUGGAACUUAUGAUUGAUUGGUUUGAUCAAUCACCAGCUCAGUUUCAGCAAUGUGCUGUCGCGAUCAAGGAUGUGGGCUUCCAAAUCUUCUGCCGCGACAAAUUCGCAAAGGCUCGUUGCUUGGGCCUCGUAUUACUCUCCAAAGUACUGGAUGCCCGUCAAGGAACGCCGGAGUCACAAGAUUUUGGCGUUCCUGCAUUGGUGGACAGGCUGUACUUGGAACUGGGACAGACGACGUCGAUGUUGAAGCCUACGGUGAAGGAAGAAAUCCUGUGCACUCUCGGACUCAUCGCGAAAGGCUAUCCCGACGCCGUUCGAAAGUACCGUGACAGGCUGUUAUCCGUUUACAUCAGCGAACUCAAUGUUGAGAUGACAGGUGCAACACGAAGAUCUCAUAAGAACAUCAUAGCAGGAUGUCUGCACGGAUUGUCCGGAUUCAUGUACCACUUCACGGUGUCCUUCGAAGAAGAUCCUGACAGCUGUUACAAAAUCUUCAAGUGCAUUCGGAUGGCAGUGUCUCCGAACGAAAACCUACGUCGCUACGACAUACCGAAAGCCGCUCUGAUGCUACUUUCGAGGCACGCUGCGCAGUUUGGGCUCUUCCUUUUCGAAGGCCACGUUCCAAUGUAUAGGAAUCUGGCAUACUGGAGCAAGUACCACAACAGGGAUAUGAAACAAGCUGGCAUGGCUGCACUCGAAGCCUUUCUCAGGGAGGUGUCAAGUGCUCUGCUUCAGUGCACAAAUAAGGAAGAUGGGAUGAAAAUGUUUGAGUUCUUCAUUCAAGAGUUCAAGAAAACGAUGACCUCCGAAUCAAACCUUCGGGACCUAACCAUAGCACUCAAAGGCUAUGGAAUGUUUGCAGCGCCAUGCAGGUAUUACCUGAAAGAAUCCGACAUAUUCUACAUGCUAACAGAUAUCAUCAGCCGCUCAGAAAACGUCUUUCAGAACAUCAAUAACCCAGGACAGCUUGAGGACAACUUGCCUCUUUUGAUGAGCUUUCAGGAGGCCACAGCAAGCAUCUUACAAUGUGCUCGACAGGUGCCAGGAUCACAGUUGGCUUCGCUAGAGAAGUUAACCGUGCUGCAGAUCCAGAACUUUCCGUUUGUGCCGGAAAACCUCACUUGGAAGUACUGCAAGUCACUUGCUUGCGUUCUGCUCUUCCUUCAGCCACUGGCGCCCUCAUCCGUCUCACAGAUUGUGUAUCAAGGCGUUAUCAGAACGUGUAGCCACCCCAUCGCAGCAGACGUCGAGGCGGCAGACGACGGCGGCAGCGUGCCAGGCUUUUCGGAUCCUCGCAAGGUCACUUACAAGAGGUACCUCCAUUUGUGGAACUACCUGCUGGACGCAGUUCACAUAAAGGAACUGAACCAGCUCGACGUACCUCUCGAGGCACGGCACAAAUUCGUCGCAGCCGUCUACGAUGCAUUGGUAUCUGCGGUCAUGGAAAUCAUAAGCAAGCUCAAUCUCUCAGUUAAAAAGAAAGCGGAGGUCAUGGAGGUGGACGGUGUCGCUAACCUCGAUGCCGACCCCGUAAAAGGAGCUGAGGCGACGUGCCCUUACGACUUCAACAUCUUCAUCAAUUUGGUUGACUUCUUCAGAGACACCUUCACAACGAAGUGCUUGGAACACUUCUGUAAAUGGACAUAUGUCAUGAUUCGCCGGUUCAUAGAGCUUUCCACAAAGAACCCCCUCGUGAGUGGCUUCUACAAAGCGUUGACAGCUUGCUUGUCUGUCUGUGCUGAAACCUUCUACUUUGAGAAGUCAUCGGAAGAACCACGGUCCUGUCUAAAGCUGGUGUCCAAGUUCACCCGCGAAGUGCUGGCACGGUUUCAGCAGUUCCAAGACGAUCUUCUCGUAGCCUGUCUCGACCUCAUUCUUCACCUGCCAGCUGAAGUGGUAGAAGCAGACGCCAGGGCCUUGGUUCCUGCAUUCCGAGUGGCACUCCAGCAGGGCCUGAGCUAUCUUCCACUUGCUAGGUCUGCCGUCAAAGCGCUUAAGGUCUGGGAGAAGCGCUUACCUUCAGAGCUGGUCGCAGAGUGUUUUCGGAAUAUUCUUCCCUGUCUGAAGCCGUACUUGGCUCUCGGCGUUCGGAAUGAUAGCGGAGAGUGUGUCGCCCCACAGCCGGUUGCAAAGAGACAGUCAAGAAAGAAAAUUGCUCUCAAGGUCUUAUACAAGAAGUCGGAAGAACUCAAAAAGCUCCAGCAAACCGAGCUCGAAACGGUACAGUUGGAUAUUCUCGGGUUCCUGGGAAGUCUCGCAGGAGACAAGCGUGCUGCCUUACUCUCGGAUUUAGAAGCGGAAAUGUCGAAGGCGGCCAUUGCGUGGGAUUCAAAUACGAGAGAGCAUCUCGUCUUUGCAUUGCCCUUCGUUGACGUGAAGGCCGAGAUUGCCCUCGACGCUUUCUUGCCCAGAGUUGCAGAACUGGCCCGUUUUGCUAGCAGACGCCAGACCAAGGUGGCCAGCUGCGAGCUUCUGCACAGCCUGGUGCUGUACAUGAUCGGUGUGGGUGUGCAAGCGUCAGAAAACAGGAGGGCAAAGUUCCCUAUGGACAGCCUGUACAAACAUCUCUUUCCAGAGUUGCUCCAUCUAGCCUGUGAUCCCGAUCAGGUGACAAAGAGCCUCUUUGAGCCCUUGCUAUUACAAAUGAUGCACUGGUUCAGCAGCAGGUCUACCGUCGGCAGCCGCGAAAGCGUGACUAUCGUGGAGUGCCUUUGGGACACACUGACCCAACCGCAAGAGACGGUACUCAGAGAUUUUGCUGGUCGCUGUCUGAGGGAGUUUGUACAGUGGAGUAUCAAGCAAAGUUCUGUCAAGGAGCAAGAGAAAAACCCUGUGAACAUGAAAGCGGUGUUGAAACGACUGUACAGUUAUUGUCGUCAUCCCAAUGCAUAUAAGAGAAUGGGAGCGGCCCUGGCUUUCAACAACAUCUACACCAUCAUCAGGGAAGAAGAGUCAAUUGUCGACAUUUAUAUCCUGGAGGUCUUGUUUCAUUUUGUGAACAGUUUGAAGCUUGCGCAUGCCGACGAAAAAUCCUUGGGCACUCAAGAGCUGUGCUGUCGUGCUCUAGAUAUCAUUCUGCGGAUCCUGACAGUUAAAAGCGGAAAGCUGAGUGCCGCUAACAAGAAGCGGCGAUGGCCAGGGGAUGCUGCCGAGCAAGUUACAUUAUCGGACGCUGCGGAAUGGCUCUUGUGUCAGACCAGCUGUCCGCAGGAGGCUUGCCGCAGGAAGUGCAUGGAGCUUGCGCUUGCCCUCGUUCCAAGGUUGCCAGGUUUCUCAUCAUUCGAGGUAUUCAUGACUAGCUUGAGUGAGAACCAUUCCAAAAGCUGCCUCGUUGAAAUCCUGGAACAGCACGUCACCUUGGCGGACGCCACCUUUCACACCGUGUCGGCUGUCAAGCGGUUCUGUGACAGAGUCAUCGGUGUGCUGGAAUGUUACACUUGGUUGUUCCAGCAGAAGCUUCUGAAACCUGGCACACUUUUUCGAGAUGAGAAGACGUCUUCGGUGCUCUUCAGUUUUGUGGAGACAUUCCUCGAGAAACUAGCAGUGAAGAAAGUGUCGAAGGUGCUCUUGGACGCUUAUACACCAGCGGAAGAAGUUGCAUUUAAUUAUGCCAAGUGUUCCGUCACCGUUCGUCUGUUCAACUUCCUCACUGCGCUUCUCGAGAACUAUCCAGACCAGUUCGACUGCGUUCCAGACACUGUUUGGAUGUCUGACAUGUUCUGGAACUGCGCGUUGCUGUGCGUCUUGGACCCUACGGAAGUUGGUUUCGACCUUGCUGAUCUAGAAGUGAUGAGCAAGCUUCCUUCUGAGAUUCUAAGCUUCCUGCAACAAGUCAGUAAAGUACUUCCGGCUUCGUAUCAGCGUCGUUUUCGGUCAUCAUACGACCGGCUCGUGAGCUCUCGACCCGAAUACCAUGCAUCACGAUUCCUCAGCUUGCAAGUGGACGAUUCAAAUUCAAGAGAAAGCAACAUGCUGCAUCUGAUUGGUUUGACAUCUGGAUACCGUCUGCUAGCUGAAUCCCAGCUCGUGUCGCUCGAUCGAAGCAUCGGAUUGUCAGCAGUGGACGUUGUCCUCAGCGUCCUGCGGAGGAACUCUGAACCGCUUCCUUUGGAGAAGGAGCUGUGCUUUCAAGUCCUGGAGCUCACGGUCGCUUUCAAAGCAGAUAGCCGCCGUGUCUUGACCAAAUUGCUCGGUGAGCAACCAAGGGCUACGAGGUACUUCGGACACGAGUUGUCGCAACACAUCGUUGGGCACAGCGACGUGUGCAUUCCAGCUUUACUGUGCCUUGUGUCCAACGACGUUGAACAGAACAUGAAUGUGGUCCAGGUUCUCAGCGAUGCGUUGACUUUUGUCACGUUGAGGAAGGAACUGGUGUCACUGCAUGGAACGUCUGUGGUGUCCGCAUUAAUGACAGACUGGUCGAAGCUGAAGCCGUGCUGGGCACAUAAUGUUCCUCAACAGCAAGCUAACGAUUCGGCACUUCUGCUAAACAAGCUCCUGUGCUUGUGCUCCGAGGUUUCCAUUCCUCGAUCAACAUUCGUUGACCUCUUCGUUGAUGCAUUUGUGAUGUUGUUGAGACGAGGGUCAGCAAAACUUGGUGACAAAGUGGCUGCGAUGGAGAUGCUUCCCUUGUUAGCUGAGGACGAGCGACCUGCGAUAUCAGCGAAGUUGAGAGAAGCGCUGGAAGAAAUGGCAGCGCAACACUUUCCGCUGGAGUGCUCGGACCUGCUCCCCGGAUCCUUGGAUUUCCUCGCCUACACAGCGGCCUUGAACAAGCUAGUGAACGCGGUGGAAACAAGCGGAAACCCAGUGUUGCUGGACCUGGCCGUCAGGAUAAUCUACCGUGAGAGAAAUCACUUCAUGGAGGAGGAAUUCUUAUCUGCACUUCGCAGGAUGGCAGGAAGAUCUUCCGAAACAAAGCAGACGCACUUGGUACGAGCAACGUACAAGCUCUUCGUCGACAACCCGAGCCUUCCAACUCACCUACGUCUAGCUGUGGCGCAGAAAGUGCUCUGCAUGUUGCUUAAACGCUGCUCAAAAUCAACGCUGAGGAUUUUCUUCGCGGAGAAUGCUGCAGACAUGAUAGAUACGAUUGCUGCUAGGCUAGUUUCGAGUUCCGAUUCUCAGAUAGUGAGCAAGAUGGGAGCGUUUGCCUGUCUGGAAGAUCUCUACUCGCGCCUCAGGAAGGACGAAGUCAUGGGACAGCAGUCCGAGAUCAACGCAGCAUUUUGUAAGGCACGCAGAAUCGCUGCCGUUGCAGGAAACGAGCUGACCAAGGAAGUCACGAGAUGUGCUAGCAGCACAAAGAGAGACGAUGCACGUGGAGAGACAAAGUUUCUGGACUUGCGUCUCGGACUUCGCUGUGCAGCGUACAACACCUUGGCAGCAGUUAUCACUUGCACGCAAGUGGAACCGAACUUCUACGACGUGUUCCUUCUUCAAGAAAAACCUGAAAAGGGUGAAUACCUGUGGAACAAUCUGGUCGAUUCAGGAAUCACUUACGAGUUCCCACUGGAAAGAGAUGUACCCACACGGCGGAAGAAGCAACUCAUUGGAACGACGGAAUCGGUUCCCGAGAGCACUGAUGUUGGCAGACGACAGCCACGCCACGUUCAGGCGACGUUACUCAGUGGAAGCAGUCUUGCCAAAGAUGCUACGCAGUUUUCUUUAUCGCUUAGCGAGCAGGCUUUCUUCAGGGCAAACAAGUGCGACGUCGAUUCACCGACGGCGGACGUUAAGGACAAGGUAUUUGAAAGGAUGAAGUUUGUCGACCUGGAAGAUGACGAACUGAACAAUCAUCAGUGCAUGGCAUCUGUCUGCUACAUGUUUUCGCACAUGGCAGACGUUGGAAUUGUGCCUAAGGAAGUCAAGGUUGAAGAUGCAGCAGCACCAAAGUGGUUGACCAACAUCAUAAAUGCUCUCGUUGGUGAUUACAUGACAAAGAAUGCCCUUCUGUUCCUCAUUCGUGCUCUCGUUAACUCAGCUGAGGUUCUGACUCCAUAUUCGCAUCAUCUGGUUCCACCACUUCUGGAGGUCAUCGCUUCUCAACGUCUCGGAAGCGUGCUUGACAGUUUUGUCAUUGAUGUUGUAGUUACGAUCCUGGUCUGGUCGUCCAGCUACGAAACAGAGGAGCUCCUGCAGCGAUGUAACAAUGCAAAGCCAGAGCCGGUUCUAGAUUUUCUUGUGGACCACUGCGCGCACGAGAGGCGCGAUGUGCUUCGGAACAACUUGGAAGUUAUAAGGUGGUUCCUGGAACUCUGGAGGCCGCUGCUUACGGUACCUUAUGUAGGUGUGAUGAGGCACCUCUCGCGUCACACCACGGACAGCAAAGAUACAUCUGGUUUGAGCCUGCUGGGAAUGUUCUUGGCUAACGACAUUGUGGUAUUCAAUCAGGAGUCGAAAAGCGACAUCUGUAGGGUCUUGUCUGCACUGCCCAAAAUGCUUCUAGCAAAGUACAGGUUCACGUACAAGGUAGCUGCCGAAGUUGUCGGUAUGACUCUGAGGAAAAUGAACGACGCUGGUCAUGUCGAUGACACGUUCGUGGCAGAUGUGAUGUCGAGGUUGCGUGAUUUGAGUAACGAACGUGAAGACCAGUUUGUGAUUUGUUUGCACGAAAUUUGCCAGUUCUACGAUCCCAUAGCAGACAGGUUCUGCGACAAAUUGAUCCUGAUGCUACCCUUGGCUCUGAGCACGUUCAAGGAAUCGAUUUUGGAAAUUAUUGCAUCCUGCUGUAGCAGAGCAGAAGAUCCAGUCAGAAAAUUAUUCAGUGCUGGAUUUUUAGAUUUUCUGGAUCAUGGAAGUGAUAAGGCUCAGAGAGCCUCUCUAGAAAUCUGCACGGCUCUGGUGACACAGAUAACACCUGACCAAUGGCACCAGAUUCUUCCGAUCGUGUGUCGUCUGCAGGCUCACUCGUCGUCUGCUUGCCGCAAGCUGGUGUAUAACGUGUGUAUGCUUGUGUAUGAUAGAUUCAGGCUCACUUCAGAUGGUGAAUCACUAAAAGAACAAGCAAAAAAGGUGCUUGUUUUGGGUCUGGCAGAUGCUGAGGUGGCACUAAGGUUGCUCGUUGGAAACUUUUGGAGUCGUGAAGAGCACUUGCCGAAGCAGACGACAGAACGACUGGUUGCGCUCCUGAAACAGACGUACGUGCCCGAAUCGGAAGCGAAUUUUCUGCGCUCCGUCUGCUUCUUGCUUCUCGAGAUGACAUCCUUGAGCCCGGACUACAGCAGAAAAGUCUUUCAGCAUCCUCUUUCGGAUUGCCAAUUUGUGGACUACAACGUUACAGGAUCGUGGCGGCAGCGCCACGCAGCAAUGACACCGCUCUUUGCAGAGACUCUUUCUGCAAGCCAGACGCUGUCUCAGGCGCAGUCAGACAUCAUAGCAGGACGAACUUUGGACAUGGACCAGAUCAGAGCAACAGCGGCAUCUUUGCAAUUCACACCGACGCAAGAUGUUAAAGAUGAGAAAGGUAAAGGUACCUUCAAUUGGCUGACACAGAGCACAUUUGAGAUGAGUACUGGAGACGAACCUCGACCUUCGACGUCCUCCCGUCUUUUUGCCGUUGGUAGAAGCAAGAGCAACGAACAGGAAGGUAUUGCACAGAAAGGUCCUUGCUGGGCGAAGGAGAUCAGGUACCUCAGACGACGUUUUGUGAAGGACGAUGAAAAAGUGCGCCAGCAGUACAUUCGGCAGGAAGUGAGACGGAAAGAACGGCGAAAGGAAUUGGAAAAAGAGCAAAAGGCGAGGCGAGAAGCUGAAGUGACGUUGUACCGGCGAUAUCGCCUGGGGGAACUGCCAGACAUCGAAAUUCCGCACUCGGCUAUCAUAGCUCCUCUGCAGGCGCUUGCUGAAGAAGACCAGCAGGUUGCACAGAUGCUGAUCACUGCCAUCACGCAGUCCCUUCUGAAGGACGCACGACGGAAGAAUUCGUCCAUCUAUAGCGAACUAUGCAGGGAACUGCAGGAUUCAUUUCUAAGACUCUUGGACGAAAGUUUGGAUUAUUCGUCGUCUGUAGUGGGCUUCGUACUGGAAGUAUCAUUCCAGCAUCCUGCGGACAUCAGGCUUAGAGCAGACAGCCUGGCUUGGGCGUCAGUGGCUGGGAACCAUCAGAACCUUGGGAUCUUGCUGCUGGAAGAGAUGCAACUCCAUUCUGCGGAGCCAUCCGCAAAGGCACCAAAACGCUGCCGGAAAGAGCAGCACUCAGAAUCGAGCGGAGCGUCUCUCUGGAUCAAACUGGCAGAGUUGUACAAAUCGCUCGAUGAUAGCGAUGCCGUACGAGGAGUUUUUGAAUGUGCUGGAGACAUCUCCCCCGGUGCUCGUGCGGCUUUCGAGAAAGAAGUGCUCGGGGACUACCAGGCUGCCGUCACACUCUACGAAGAGUUGUAUCAGAAGACACGGGAGGUUGAACCAGAUGAGGCGACUUUCUACGACGAUGCUGUUCUUGAGAGUUGCUGUAACCUUGGAGAUUGGGAUGGAUUGGAACGAGUGGUGGCAUCACGGAUUGGGAAGUCCAAGUCCGUACGCUUGGAAGAUUUGUUUGAUUUUGCGUAUAAGCAGGACCACUACUUGCCCUCUCUUUUUAAGAGCAAGGUUAUGACUUCCUUGAUAAAAGGCAAGAAUGACUGUGGUUUCCUUGAGUCUGUACGCUCUGCACUAGACGACACGGAAAAGAAGAGAGUGCUUGAAUCAAACCUUACGGAACAACUAGCACUCGUGUAUGCCAUUGAAAGAGACUACAGUCGAUCACGGUAUUAUGUGGAAAACUUGCGGGAACAGUUUUUACAGGAGUGGAGCAGCCUCAGUGUCCUCAACCCAUCAGUUCUGGACAGGAAUUUGCAGUCUCUUCAAAAGAUAGCUGACCUUUUGGACUACCUUUAUUGCAAUAUGACUGGAGGCUCAGAGGACAGAGCAAGCACAGUCCUCAAAAACUGGAAAAAACGGCUCCCAAGUGACUGCGACACAGUUUCAUUGUGGACUGAUGUCCUCACUACCAGGUGUUACUUCAUCAAGACACUCUGUGACACAGCAUCGGACAAGUUUUUGCCCAUGAAAAUUGACCUGCUCAACUCGUUUGCUCGUGCAGCGAUCAACCGUAACACGGUUCCUGUUGCCCUGCGAUGCGUUGCGCAGAUCGAAAAGCUCAAAAGUGAAGCUGGUGAAUGUUCUGUGGACAUGUCGUACGUUCACACGUACUGCGCCACACUGGAGAGGAGUUGUGAGAGACUUCCCCCGGAGAAGAAGAUUGCAUCUCACAUCAAAAUGCUACAGAAGUUAGAAACCUGCGUCGAUGCAUCAGACAACGAGUUUGUAGCAAAAACCUCAGCGUUAGAAGGCCAUUUGCUGACGAGAUUGUCGGAGCUACUCUAUUCUGCUGGAUCUGAUGCUCAGCUUCGUUUGAAUCCUGAGGAGACAGCGAUAUUGAAGCUGUCUAAAGUUUGUAGCACGUCGCAACAGACUGCUUAUGAAUUGAGAGAGAAGGCUUUCUGUAAGUACCAAGAAGCGAUCAGUAAAAGUGCAGCUGCUGAAUCAUCGAAACAGCAGAGCAUCGCACAUAUCAGCAUGGCCACGUUUUGCAACCAAGUAUUGCAGUGCUGGGAAGGUGGUGCUCUCGACUUCGAGAGCAGGAAGGAAUGUCCGAAGGUAAUGGUGGACUCGGUGCUUUCAUCGAUGGCACUAGGGAACACAGACGCGGUUGACAUGUUCCCACAGCUUUUGGACGUGAUACAAGUACACAAAGCGUGCAGGGAAACGUUUGCUGCACAAUGUGUGAAAGUUCCGUGCUGGAUGUACCUGUCCUGGCUCAACCAGAUCCUUCCCAUGCUCGACAAAGAGAUUGGCCCGUACCUCUUCGACCUUGUAGAUGCUGUUGCUACGCAUUAUCCGAAUGCGCUGGUCUACCCCUUCCGCGUCAGCUAUGAAAGUUACAAAUUUGAGUCGAGCGGCAAGUCCCAAAGUCGAGACUUUGUUGAGAGAGUCAAGGUGAAAAUGGACAGACUUCCUCUGGUGAAUGACUUCAUCGCUGCUCUACGAAUGCUGCAAUUUCCAGAUAUUGCAUUUAAGGAUUGGCAUCAAACCGUGGAAGAAGCUCUGAAACAGAAGAAGAGCUCACAGUCUUUGAAGAGAGAGUUUCGUGAAAUGCUGUCUGACCUGUGCGAAGAAGGCUCCGUGAAUAUCAGCGGAGUUCGACAGCGUUUUGCGAAGGCCGUCAAGAAGAAGCUCGUGGAUGCUUUUGGAUCAAACGGGGAAAAACUGGCGAGCAUGUCUCCGAACGACUUCCGCGCUAAGUGCCGACAAAUUAUGGGAAGUUACAAAAUUGACAAACCAACAUCGCUGAAGGACAUCUCACCUUGGCUUGCCAAAUUCAGCAUGCUGCAGCAUAGCGUCGGCCUCGAAAUUCCAGGCCAGUACACAGGAAAAUGUAAACCAAUGCCAGAGUACCAUGUGCAAAUUUCCGGCUUCGACGAAAAGAUCUUGGUGCUGUCUUCAAAGCAGAGGCCCUGUCGGGUGACAGUGCAGGGCAACGACGAACGGGAGUAUCGGUUCCUCGUCAAGACGGGGGAGGAUCUCCGGCAGGACGACCGCAUCGAGCGGCUCUUCCAGGUCAUGAACCGGGCCUUUGCCGCCGACCCCAUCUGUCGCGCAAAGCGGCUUCACUUGGUCACUUACAAGGUUGUGCCGCUGACUACGCGGGUGGGUCUGAUAGAAUGGUUGAGCAACACCGUAGUGCUACGAGAAUUCAUCCAGAAAGGCAUGGACGACGCGGAAGUCAAGAUUUUUAACCAGCUGCCGACUCGAUCCGGACUCAGUGGAGCGUCCGACUACAUACGUGCCUAUGAACAGCUCAAAACGACGCAGCUCAAGUCUGCUUUUCACAAAAACGCUGCGUCCGUCGACAGAAAGGCCCUCUACAAAGCGUUCCUGAACCUUAGCUCUUGCUUCGAAGCAUUCUUCACGCUACGAUCCCGCUUUGUGGCGUCGCACGCUGCCAUCUGCAUAGCACACUGGGUCCUUGGAAUCGGAGACCGCCACCUCGAGAACUUCCUGGUCAACGUUGAGACAGGACAGGAAGUUGGCAUCGACUUUGGCUAUGCCUUUGGUGUGGCUACCCAGUUUCUGCCAGUUCCGGAACUGAUGCCGUUCCGACUGACACCUCAGUACCUGAGCCUCACAGAUCCCCUGCGGCAACACGGAGGGUACUCCUGCAGCAUGCAGCAUGUGCUGCGGGUACUGCGCAGUAAUAGGCAGACGCUACUAAAUGUGCUGGAUGUUUUUGUAAAGGAGCCUACAGUAGAUUGGAUGAGGUACGCAAAAAUGCAAAGUGUACAGACUGGAGAGAGCAGUGAGAGGAAUGCCACCGGUGCAGACGACGGGUCAGAGAAGUGGUACCCGAGGCAGAAAGUCUGCACCGUUCGAGAAAAGCUGGGCGGAAGGCAUCCUAGUUACAUUUUCCGUGAUGAGGUGCGACUGCGGAAAGAGCAACGUCAAAACAUGGAAGUCGUCUGCCUAGGAACGGCAGAUGAAAGCAAGCACCGUGGCCAGAUAUCCGAUUCAGGAGAGCUCAGUGUGGAAGAGCAAGUUGAGUGCCUCAUCGAACAAGCGAGCGACCCUCUUGUCCUUGGCCUUACGUGGUGCGGCUGGAUGCCGUGGACCUGAGCGUUUUUCUCGUGGCGAGGAACUCUAUCGAAAACUGGACACGUAGCAAAUGGGAGCACCUGCCACGUUUUUCGAACCAAAGUAUUUUUAUGUUUGUUUCCUUAGCAUUAUACAUACAAAAAAAAAUGUUGCAUUGUAUUAAAAGUUAUACAUGGAUCACACAUAAACCCGUGCCUUCAUAAAAUCUGGUGGCACUUGGACCUUUUAGAAAAUCAGGUAGUAAUACAUCUUGGUUGUCAAAAUAUCAGAUAUUUAAGGAGGGCUCGCAGCUGAGGGCUCGCAUAACAUAAUAAGUUAGUUCACUUGAGAACCAGCGGGUUAGAUAUUCGGAAUAUCGAAGAGAGCAUUGCAGAAAGGUUGGCAAACAGGUCCUCCGAAAUUCCCUAAAAACGAAGAAAAACCACGAUCAGAAUGUUGCCAAUGAACCCCAUGACCUACUAGAUUAUACGUGCCAUGUUAGGAAAUGGAGAGUGCCGUUUCUGAUCGCCUAGGGGCUAUGCACGUCAGUCCGUAGGACCUCCGUAGUGAUUACACAGUUGAAAUUCGAAUGGCAGAAGCAGGCACACAGAGUUUUUUUUUUUAAAGACAACUUUUGCAAGAACACUGGCUCUAUGGGACAUGCGCCCUGC